UAAAAACUUUCGAUGAUAUGUUUGCUAAUCCCUAAUUGUAACCAUUUCAUUUAUGGUAUUUGGCGCUUAAGUAUGAUUUGAAACUAAACCAUCAAUGCAAUUAGAUCAAUUAUUGGAAUUGAUAACUACCUUCUUUUAUCUGAUAUCCCAACUAUUCCUUAUUGGAAAGUCAAACAAUGUGGGGUUUGAUCAUUCACCAACUCCGAAAUUAAUCGAUUCUGACAUUUAUUCCAACCUUUUCACCUAUGCUCAUCUCAUAGACAUUUCAUAUUGCAUUUCUAGUAUAUCUGGGAUCAAAGAACCGUUUGAAUGUGACUUGGCGUGUGAAUCAAGAUUUCCAAAUGUAACGCUUGUUUAUCAAUGGUAUUAUGAUGACUCGGUAACUGGAUACAUAGCAACGACUUAUUCAAAUAUCUUUAAUUAUAAUGAUACAAACUCAGCCGGUGGUAGUGAAAAGAAAAAGAAAACGAUUAUCGUGUCUUUAAGAGGUACUAGAUCUAUUUUUGAUAGUUAUACUGAUAUUAAAGUUGACAUGACAAGUUAUAGCAACUUAAACAUUCAUUUACCCAAAUGUGGAACUCAUUGUAAAGUUCAUCAAGGUUUCUAUGAUUACUAUUUACAUACUUUACUCAAUAUCCAUAGAAUUCUAGAUAAAGAAUUGGUUGAUGCAUCAGAAGAUUAUGAAUUAUUAAUAGUUGGUCAUUCAAUGGGUGGAAGUGUUGCCUUGUUAUUGGCAUUACAUUAUCUUGAUUUAGGAUUUGAUAAAUUAACAGUAAUAACUAUGGGACAACCAUUAGUGGGGAAUAAGGAAUUUGUUAAUUGGGUUGAUUUGGUUAUGGGAAGUUAUAAUCCCCCCAUUCAUAAUUCAUUUUCAAGAAAAUAUUUUAGAGUGGUACAUAAAGAUGAUAUUGUAGCUACCAUUCCUAAUAGUGAUGGUUUAUUAAAUCAAUAUUCACAAUUUGACAAUCAAAUAUAUUUGAAUUGUUCAUCAUCAACUUCAAUGCCUUCACCAAAACAAGUGGUGGAUUGUGUAUUUGGAGAUAAUUCAAAAUGUAUUAAAAGAGAUUUUCAAGGGAUAAGACUAAUAGACUACAUGAGUAAAGAUUAUUUCAGAAGUCAUAAUACAUAUUUCAGGCGACUAGGAAUGUGUGGAAUGAAAAUAAAGUAAAUAAAUAAAUAAUUAAUAUA